CAUAACAAGGUAAAUAUUAGCAGAAUGAAAGUAUAGCGAUGAUUAUACCAUUUCGUCGCAGACUUGCCUGAAGUCUGUGGAAGAAUUUUCAUAUUAGGAUUUCAAAAAUGGGACAUAAAGUACUCGCCAUAUUCUUGACCUUAAUCUGCACGCCAGGUCUCCACGCAGUGCUCCUGGUUCCGUCAAAAAACCCUGUGGCUGUUGGGAGCAAUGUCACUAUAAGUGUGAAAGACUCUGAGACCAUUGCACUUGGGACCUGGCUAUUUGGAAAUGGUAUAUUGUAUCUGUGGUACCCAGGGGGCAUCGCUCAAGGAACUAGCCACUACAAUGGAACAGAAUUUGACAUUUCUACAUACCAGCUCACCUUAUUUUCAGUAACUCUGAAAAAUUCUGGCCUGUAUAUAUUAGAAUCAUUGGUACCGACCAAAAUACAAGGACAGAUUACAUUAGAUGUUCAGGAACCUGUCAGUAAUGUAACCGCAUUUGCAAGCAAGACAAACUUGGUGGAGUUUAACGACACCGUGACGUUCACAUGCACCGCCAGCGGAACGCCACUGUGGUUUUCAUGGCAGAACGGAAACUCUACGGUCACCACGGGAGGAAGAUUUAAUGUCAGGAAUGCUGGACGAGAGCUCUUCAUCAAUGGUGUUACGCGCUACGACGUAGGACCGUUCAAGUGUGUUGUGGAAAACAACGUCAGCAAAUCAGAGUCUGCUGACAUCAAUCUAAACAUAAACUAUGGGCCCGAUAACCUGGCAAUCUUGCCAGCGAAAAUGGCAUACGUUACUGGUUCAGAUAUUUCUCUGUCAUGCUCUGCUGACUCCAAACCGGCAGCUUCUUUCUACUGGAUGUACAAUGGCAAAAAUCUGAAUGUCUACGGUUCAAGUUAUAACCUUAUAAACACUACUCAGAACAUGAGGGGAGAUUACACCUGCGUAGCCGGAAAUGCCGUCACGCUCAGAUCAGCUGCAGUGACAAAAACCAUUAAAAUAGUUGAUCCAAUAUUGUCAGUGGUAGUGAAUCCAGUAGGCUCUCCAGUAGAAGGCAAGGCUUUUAAUCUAAGCUGUAAUGUUGUGGGGCCAGUGGACUCCAUUCAUUGGAUGAAGAAUGACACAUACCUGGACGCCGUUAAUACAGUCACUUUCUUCAAUAACAACUCAAUCUUGAGCUUUAACCAACUUGAUCUUAGUAACGACGGACCGUACUAUUGUGUUGCUAGCAAUGAGGUGACCAGCAUGACCAGUCCAGCCUACAAUCUUAUGGUCAACUAUGGCCCAUACAACACAACUGCCACUGGUCCAGAAGUGGCAGCAGUGGGAUCCAGCGUGACUUUCAACUGUUCCUCGAUCUCUCGUCCUCAAAGUCAGUACAGCUGGUAUUUCAGUGGCUCGAAGGUGGCAGAUGGUCCGGUGUAUGUGACUGCACCUCUCUCAGAAUAUGCUAGCGGACUGUACACCUGCAUGGCCUUCAAUCACAUCACAGGCAGAAGCAGCAAUGCCUCACUGACAUUAACUGUAUAUGUUCCUGUCAGUAACAUUACGGUGAACAAUGGCAACCAGCAACCCAUCUUUAAUCAGUCAUUCACACUAACCUGCACUGCCAACGGAGAUGUUCAACACAUUGAGUGGAUGAAGAACGGCACAAACCUGAACAGCGACGAUACGAUCAAUUUCACAGAAAACAACUCGGUUUUGAACUUCAACCCACUCACUCUAGGCAAUAAUGGGAUGUAUCAAUGUCUAGCUAUUACUGCUGUCAACUACAAGACCAGUGAGGCCUACGACCUCCGCGUCUUCUAUGGUCCAUGGGGCACAACCAUCUCUGGUCCACUUAUAGGAGCUGUAGGACAUAAUGCAACCUUCAGCUGUUCUGCUGACUCUUACCCACCAAGUCAAUACAGUUGGUUUUUCAACAACACAAAGGUGGGAGAGGGUUCAGUCUUAACUAAGGCUCUCUUGGAAGAUUGUGGUGGACACUACACCUGCGUGGCCUCCAAUGCAAUCACAGGCAGCAACAGCAGCGUAUCACUGGAGUUAACUUUAAGAUAUCCAGUUAGUAAUGUGACUGUAAAUGUGAGCAAUCAGCAACCAUUAUUCAAUCAGUCGUUCACACUGACCUGCAGCGCCUCUGGAGAUGUUGAACACAUUCAGUGGAUGAAGAACCACAUGCUCCUUCAUCCUCACAGUGGAAUCACUUUCUCCAGUAACAACUCGACCUUGACCAUCCAAAGUCUAAAUCUCAAUGAUGACGGACAUUACCAGUGCGAAGCAAGUAACCCUGUCAGCCACAUGACCAGCCCUGACUAUGACCUGAUGGUCAACUAUGGCCCUUGGAACACGGCAGUUUUUGGCCCAACCAUUGCAGAGACGGGGUCCACUGUGACUUUCAGCUGUACCGCAGACUCUCACCCUCAUAGUCAAUAUAGCUGGUUUUUCAACAAUUCAAAGGUAGGAGAUGGUCCAGUGUAUGUGAAAGCAGAUCUCUCGCUAACCAAUAGUGGACAAUACACCUGCAUGGCCUUCAAUAACAUCACAGGCAGCAACAGCAGCGCAUCACUGCAGUUCACUGUAAUUGAGGCCAUCGUGACAGUGGACGUGACCCCCGAUCGUUCUAUUCCUCUGGCUUCCCAAAGCUUUCAGCUCACCUGUAAUGUGAAGGGACACUACAAUACAAUCCACUGGCUUUGGAACGGCAAAAAUUUCUAUCCAUCAGGCAGAGUUACGUUUUCAGCAGACAACACCACUGUGACCUUCAAAGCCUUGCAGACCGCUGACAACGGGGGAUAUCGUUGCGUCGCUUCAAACAUAGUGAAACAGCACUUCAGUAAUCCAUACCCUCUUGCGGUCGUCUUUGGACCACAGAGUGUGCAGAUCAUUGUACGCCCUGGGAUUCCCCCCGUCUUGACAUGUCUGGCAGUGUCUUACCCACCAGCUGUCUAUCACUGGAUCCUCAACAGCGACACAGUAGUGGGGAACGAAUCUUCCAUAGUACUUCCCAUAAGCUCUAUCUUGGGCAGCAAUUACACCUGCGUGGCCACAAACACUUUGACCAAUGUGACAGUCUACACCAGCCAAGUCGUCAAUUACCCCAACGCCGCUGUGAGUGUCCAGGCGAGUGUGAUGUUCACGUCUCUGCUCGUUCUGCUGAUCCCUGUACUGGAUGAAUGGCUCUAAUACUGAUACUGCUGUGAACAUGCCUUCUGUCUUUGAGGCUUGUAUGGGGACUGAAUGAGGCUUUUGGUCACAUUUAUCGAUUAAAAAAAGCAAAACAAGUUCAUUCAGCCUAGACUAGCUCAACUGCUUCUUAAUUUUGAAAGAUAUUUAAACAUCAUGUAAAGACAGGUAUGAGCAUGUUUAACCGAACGCUCUUUUGGCAAGUACAAAGUAAAAAAAGGAACAUAUAUUUUAAUUAAUCAUACAAUAUUAUUUUCCUAUUUAUGUAUUUUCUAAACACUGUAUCAUUGGUACAUUUAUUUCUAUCAGUAAUUGAACAGUCAUUAUUUUAGACAUAAAUGCUAUACUGUAAUUUAAUCUGCUGAAAUGAAUAAAGGCUGGAUUAUUUUCUGA